AUGGGGCGAUCAACAAACCCCUUCGGACCUUACUUGGACAAGAACGGAAUGGACAUGGCAGUGCUUGACAGCACUACGCAGAACCCUGGCGGCUCUUACUUCUUGCGGUCUGCCUUGAACGUUUCUGCAAGUGACAAGUCUGCGAUCGGUAGUCGGUACAUCGGGCCUGGGCAUGUGGCAUUCUUCGAAUACACGGACGCUGUUGGUGAGCAUGUCAUGAUCGUCACCUUUCAUUUCUAUGAUGCCACGCAAGCGGGCGGUGCUUAUUUGGGAGCCCGGAGGGUGUUCUUUGACAGCACCUGCUGGCCUUACGUGGACGGCCAGACAUGGGAAGUCUCCAAUCUCUUUGACAUGGCCACCACCUCCACCUCCGCGUCCACCUCCGCGUCAAGCUCUGCAACGGUCUCAUCCACGACCGGAAUGGCAAGCAGUUCCAGGUCAGCGUGCGCGAUUCUGAGCAUCCAGAGUCUUAUCCUCGCCUUAUCUUGCUCAAAGUGGUUCUAG